CUCUCAAUGCCUUCUCAACAACCACAGCUUGGCAGCCUUGCUGUACAGGCACCAUUAUUGACCCCCAAGACCGUGCAUGUUACACCGUCAACAUGUCAUGAUCUGUCUCUGUUCAAAGAUCUGCUCAAUGAAUAUCGGAAGCUGGACGACUCGAUCACGAUGCGUCUGAACCGCACGACGGCGCAAUUCCGUGAUCGAGAUCGAAUGGGUUUGGGAGGAAAGGGGAACGUGGAAGACCAGGCGUGUGCGCAGAUUUGGCGAGAACUUGUUGCCAACUGGAAGCGCCGAACUGAAAUCGUGGAGUAUUGCGUGAGCGUCGUGGAUAAAUCCAUGGACGAGAAGCGCAGCUCGCUUGCGACUGGAGAAUAUGACCCUGCCUCGCAACGGCAAAUACAGGGUGCCUUGUUCGCGGAGGAAGUCAAGCGCAAUCAAGUUCAUAACGAGCUUACGGUGGAAACGAUCGUGCGCCGGAGAUCUCUGGACGCAUUCCGCUCUCGAUGUAAAUAUUUCGAGCCGCCCUUCUCAGAAGCGGAUGCGCGCAAGUGGUGGGAUGCAGCGCAAGCGGGUCGAUAGUGUCGAGGUCGUUGACGGUGCCCAUGGUUUCGAGAACCCAGAUUGCUUCUCGCCGGGCGCUGAUGCCGCGAGGUAACGGAGCAAGUAAGCAUUCACGAUUCAGGACACAUCCAUUUGUAAGCUUGACGAUCUACCGGCGCUCGUACGUGCUGCAGCGUACCGGCGGUGUUAGUCAAGGACGCACGUACAAUAGCGGCACAAUGCGUAGACUGGACGGAGCCUCGGUACCCGAUCCUAUGUCGUAUGCUGUUCAUUGGCGCCUUAAUCUCAAUAGCUGGGCCCAUCGAUUGUCAAUCGGCUUCUGUGCGCGCAUGAGGUGUUCAGAGCUUGUGUGGCGUUCGAGUCUGGUUCUGCUUUGUUUCCGUUACACCCAUCGUAUACUUUCGGUAUCCUAUUGCACAUCUACGCCAAGAUGAUCUGCCGGC